AUGACAUGCUUCGAACUUCCUGUUUCCUUGUGUAAGCGCAUCCAAUCUGCAAUCACCCGGUUCUGGUGGGAUGAUAGUUCCGCGAAAAAGAAUAUGGCUUGGAUUGCGUGGUCGGACUUGACCAAACCGAAGGCUUUCGGGGGAUUAGGAUUUUGUGACUUCCAGCGUUUCAAUGAAGCUUCACUAGAAAAACUCAGUUGGAGAAUGAUGGAGAAACCUGAAACACUGCUGGGCCGAAUUCUAAAAGGAAAAUACCUCCCCAAUGGAGAUAUUUUCACUUGUGAGAUGACCUCAGCAGGGUCUCAUGGCUGGAGAAGCGUCCCUGUUGGCCGGGAUUUAUUGAGGAAAAAUCUGGGAUGGCUCAUAGGCAACGGAAAGGAAAUCAAUAUCUGGAAUGAUCCUUGGCUUGAUCUCUCAAAAAAAAAACGACCCUAUGGACCCGCCCCGGAAGCUUUCAUCAACCUCACUGUCGCGGACCUGAGAACAAGGCAAGGAGGAGAGUGGGAUUUAGAAAAGAUCAGACUUGUUCUUCCCCAGUAUGAGGAAGAUAUAUUAUCCCUCAAACCAAGCUUAUCUAACGCCGAGGAUAAACUAGUGUGGCUGGGCAAUCGAUCAGGAAGAUGUAAGCGCUGUGGAGAAUCUGAAUCUAUUACUCAUCUGCUCUUUCAUUGCCCUUAUGCUCAACAAGUCUGGCGUGAUGCCCCUCUGAGUAUAAGCUUUGAUCCUAGAGGAAUAGUAGAAUUAGAAGUAGGGGACAGGUGGACGGAGCUUUGUUCUAAACCGAGCCUCCCACCAACAGGCAUUGUUUCAAGCUCUUUGGUCCCUUGGAUUCUCUGGACGUUGUGGAAGGAACGCAACAAAUUUGUUUUUGAUGGAACCUCUGUGUCCCCGGCCGAAGCGCUCACGAUAGCAAUCAAAGCAGCUAAGGAAUGGGACCAGACGCAAGAUAUAAAGAAGGACCAAGCUCCUCCCUCUGCCCUGGAUUCGGAGCUUCUCGAACCAGCCUUGGUGGUGAUCCGAUCGAAUGCGGCUUGGCGUAAGGAGGAUAAAAAGGCGGGUAUCGGAUGGACAGUACAGACUCGAGCUGUACUCCAACGGAGGAAAAAGACCCUGAUGUUUGUUUCCUCUCCUCUAAUGGCGGAAGACCUGGCCGUAAGAGAAGCUCUAAUGCACUGCAAAUCUCAAGGACUGGAUUCUAUCAGAUUGGAGUCAGAUUCAGCCCAACUGAUCAAGGCUAUAAAGAGGAAAGAACCGAUCUCGGAGCUUCAUGGCAUUCUAUCGGACAUCGCAAGUCUCUGCUCUUCUCCUCCGAUAUCAAUCUCCUUUUCUUGGAUUCCAAGAUUGCAAAAUGUUGUGGCUGACUCUGUAGCCAAAGAAGCUCUUUGUAUGGUUGAUGCCAUUAUGGCUCCCACCUAA